GUUGAUUUCUGCUUUGACCAUUGACUGUGACAUUGGAAACUUUGGGACAACGUCGUUUUCCCGCCUUGGUAGUAUUGUUUCUCAGGAGUCAAGUCAAAUCCGUCGGUUUUGCUCCCACCCCACAGCCAUGCCCGUCACUCCUCGGCUCCGCUCCGCGUGUGAUGCGUGUCACCAGCUGAAAGUUCGAUGUUCGGGAUAUUUACCCUGCGAUUCGUGUACGGAGUCGUGCAGAACAUGUGUCUUUAGCAUGUCAAAUAGGCUUGGCCGGCCCUUGGGUUCGAAAAACAAACGUGCGGCGGCAGCAGGAGGCAGAGAAACACAAUCAUUAGCGAAUCAAAAGAGUGCUGCGAGAAAUAAAGGGCCAAGAGAAGCACGCAAGGCACGGAAGCGCUCCUCCAUACAUCUCGAGAACCAAGUUACCUUAUCACCGCGCCCUAUCAUUGCAACGCAGAGUAUUGCAGGUCCUGCAAGCGUGCCGUCGGACAACUCAUCCAGUCCAAAAAGCAAUGGUCAAUCUCCUUUCACUGAUGUAAACUCCAUGUCCUGGGCUACCUCGCCAUUCGAAUUCUCUCUGCCGUUCCCAGAAGAUAAAUGGGGACUACAGGAAGACUUUGCGUCCGCAGAUAUGACCCGAGGCCUAUUCCACCACGAAGAGACGUUCGAGAAAGAACAUGAUCCAACCUUUUCCGAGGCUUCAGCGGCAAGCCAAUCAGAACUGGCACAUCUGUUUGCGAUUCCACCAACAACGGUACCGGUUUCAGCAGAUCUCUCUCAAAGUGUAUCAAUGAGCCAGGAAGAGAGAGUGUCCAAUACUCCCAGCCCACUUCAACACUCCAGUGUUUUGACUUGUACAUGCCUCCAGCAGCAAACGAGUUUGCUCUGCAAAUUAAGAGGCUCAGAGGUCUUUAGACCCGGGGGCAAGAUGUCAAUGAAGAGUAUUCUUGCGAAUAUGCAAGAGGCUCAGACAGCUUGGCUUGGUUUGACUAGCUGUACUAGUUGCAUGCGAGGCGACGAUCAAGAAGUGCUGAUAUUGGCUCUAAUGUGCGUUCGAUCGAUGCUGUUACAGCUUCAAAACGUGAGUUGGGCCUGCGGUGGGAAUCAAGAUGUAUCACUUACCGCAUCGGAGCAUGUUUCUCCUGGCAUCAGUGCAGAGGGAGAUGUGGAGCUUGAAGUGGUGACGGUUGGGGAUUUUGAGCUAACCGGUGAUGAUAAAUCAUCCUUAUUAUAUAUGCUCUGGUCCAUGAUGGUCCAGAAAGUCAAUACCGUGUUGGAGUCUUUUAGGAGCGUAUUAGAGCGCAAGAAGGUGUCCGGAGGCCGUUUUUCAGAGCCAGGAGCUCUCUUAUCUGGUGAUUUGUCAAUGGUGGAACAUACUAUAGACGGGCUCACUCAUCUAUCAAGGUCUAUCUUGGCUUCUCCUAGAAAGACAAGAGAUGCGUAAGCCCAUGAGCGACCCAAUAUUCUCAAUUUGUCGAAAAUGUCAUAGACGGCUAUUGGAGUGUUUAGAUGUAUCGGAAAAUAUACCCAUGUAUAUGCCUUUGU